AUGCAUGCCCUCGAACGGCUAUUCUAUGGCUUACCUGAGCCGGCUCCGCACAAGCGCAGCAAGCCCGUCGAGGUGCUGUGCCUUGGUAUGCCACGCACCGGAACCGAGUCUUUAAGUGUGGCCUUGACUACCCUGGGCCUAGAUACGUAUCAUGGCUGGGACUUAGUCUUCGAGCCUGAUGCUAAGAAGCUGCAACACUGCUAUGAGCUGGUACGACGGAAAUAUAAUGGCGCACGGGACGGUGACGUGAGCAUCAGCAGUGGCGAGUUCGACAUACUCAUCGGUGACAAGGAAGUUGUUAUCGACUCCCUGUCGGUGAUGUUUAGCCCAGAGCUGCUCGCCGCCUAUCCAAACGCUAAAGUGAUUCUCAACCUCCGAAGCGACCUGGACGCCUGGCACCGCAGCGUGGACAAGACUAUGGUUCAGAUGGCGGACCAAUCCUGGGCCCUGUGGGUGAUGCACUGGUUUAAUGCGGAUUUCUACUGGCUCUGGAGUUUGUACGAGAACUAUGCAUGGCCUGGUGUAUUUCGAAGCAUCACUGGCAGCGCUACGGAGGGUAUUCGCCGAAACGGCAAAUGGGUUUACCGCGACCACUGCAAUAUGAUUCGGGGUAUGGUGCCUAAGGAGAACUUGCUGGAGUGGUAUGUCGAAGAUGGAUGGGAGCCUCUGUGCAAGUUUCUUGACAAGCCUGUUCCCGACGAGCCUUUCCCACGAACAAACACUCCGGGUAAUUUCGCCGGUCGCAAAGAGAAUCUCAUCAAGUCGCGUUUCUUUCGAGUUCUGCGCAAUAUGUUCCUCACCACCGCAACUUUGGCCGGGAUCACCACUUGGGAGUUAUCCGACCGGGACGCCAAGUCAGCCAAGUCGGCUGGACUACAACGUCUCCGCGCACCGGAAGACGAUUUCAUACUGUGA